CCUCCGUUUGACGCAACCUCACCCUACGCGUACGCAUCGUUUCCAUCAGCGCACGCCCACACAAUCAUCGAUGCGCCUAUUCUUCAACGUCUACCUGAUCAGCUGACCUCCGCGAAUCAUCUAGAACCAUCACGCUCCUGCGCAGCGCUCUCAAUAGCUCUGGGGACGUUCGCGCUCACCUGCCGCGGCCGCCAGCUCUCCGCAAGCAUCGUCACGCGCUUUCGGCCCGCCGACACGUCCUCGGUCGCGAUAACCGCCCCGACCUCACCAGCCAUUGCGCGCUGCCAAAUUUCUAGACAAUCGCCAACAUGGCGACAAUACAGCCCAAUGAUACGGACAUGGCCAACACUGGCACUCUGCCCUUCUCAAGCAUCCCCGACCUCGAUCCACCUCUCACACUUAAGAAGUCCACCACCGAGCGGAAACCACGUAUCGAUGUCGAACCCCUCUACUCGGCCGUCAAGGGGGCAAUCAGCGAUACAGACUGGACCACAUACAAGACCAGCCUCACACAAUUCUUACUCGGGAACCUGAACCAGGAGGAACUGAGCUUCAAGCUGCGCAAGAUACUCAACACCACUGCGCUUGAACAUGCACACAACACAUUGGUCGCGGCCAUUUAUGCGAAUAUAUGGCGCGAUGCGCCUGAGGCGGGCAUCGCAAGUUGGGUCUCGAGUACAGACAAGCCCUCGAGCAGCACCGUCAAAGGGCAAGGUGAUGAGAGCGAGAAGAGACUCAAGUAUGAGGUUAUGCAAUUAUCAAGACGAGAGAGGAAGAGACUCAAGACGAUACCCGCAGUGGAGGCUGCUGCUGUUGGUGGGCAUGAUGCGCCAGGAGCAGGGACAGGCGCAAUGGGUUCUGUCAACGAGCUCAUCGAGAUGAAGAGAGGGAAGCAGCCUGAGAUUGGCCCUGUUGGGCCUGCGGGUGGAUACAAGACCAACUGGGACCUCGAGAUUCGCAAACGAUACACCGCACCCCUCUUCAGCGAAACCCACGAGUUCCCCACCGCCUCCUCGAUCUCCGCCCGCCUGCUUCCCUCGUGCUACGAAUUCGGCCUGCCGCAAGGCCACACACCCGACUGCCCCGACUUUAUGAAUCUUGCGACCGAGACAUACAUCAAAGAAGCUCUGGCUUCGUUCCUAGGCAAAGUUGCAAUCAACGGAAACGGAUACGUGCGUACAGGCGCAUUCAAGAAGAGAGUAGAAAGAGAAGAAAGACUGGCGGACCGAGGCGAGGCGAUCCGCGAUGCAAAGGGCGAGCUGCCCGUGGAGCAAGAAGAACGGCGGAAACGGAAGCUGUUGUGCAUGGAGGAUCUGCGACUGGCACUCCAGCUCGGUGACGGGUACCUUGGCCAGACACCCAUCAUUGCGGGUAACAUUACAAACAGCACAUUUCUGGAUGUGCCGGGAAUAGAAGAAGUAUAUCCCAGUUCACAGAAGAAGAAGCCAGAGAGAACGAACGGCAUAAUAAACGGUAUCGGGCAGGACAAGAGUGGGCUUGCGAAGUGGUUGGAUGAGGGCAUCAUCGUGGACUUUAAGAUUGACGGGGAGGGCGACAAGAUGCAGGUCGAUGGUGAUGAUGAGAUGGCAAACUGGAAUGGUGGGAGUGUGGGUGAUGUUGGAGAGUUGGAUAAUGCGUUGGAUGAUGUGCUGAAUUUGGGAGACCUGUAAGCACUGUGAUCUGUUGGUUUCAGAUCUAUUGGCCCUUGGACUUCUUUUUUGCAUGGACGGUGUUUAGCAUUUUGAGUGGCGUUUGUUGGGACGAUACCCUUGGGACGAGGCCAUGGCGUUCUCUUGUGUAUUGAACAUAAAUGCCAUAACAGCUCAGGUAGAACCUAGGCAGUGGCGGUGGGAUGCAUCCUCAAUCCAUCGAUCAGAGAAUAUACCAUCUAGCAUGCACGCUUACCGACUUAAGGUUGAAGCGCGGGGAAGUGGCACAAGACACUCCAAAUUGGGCAUCGC